AUUCUUUGUGGUCAUUUCCUUUCACUUUCUUUGUAUUUCAUUCCUGUAUCUUUCUUGUCUAGACCAAGUGGAGCAGCCAACUGACAGUAGCGCCAUGUAGGACCCUGCAGGAAUCCAAUGGGAAGAAAAAAUCCCAAGAAAAUAGAAACAAGGGAAACAAAAGCCAGGACAUAGCACCGAAGACAAGUGAGCCAGAUUCCACCUCUGCAAAUAUGAGAGAUUCUGUGGAAGGUCCCAAAGAAGAAGAAGAGAGGCGUCCAGCUGCAGCCCCUGAGCAGCCAGCCCUUCUCCAGGAGGGGGUCAUCCAGGAUGCACCACCAGAACUGCCGAUCUCCCCUGCUGCCCAAGAACCACAGCCAGAGCCAGAUGGAAAACAAGAAGCCACAGAUUGUGAGGUGAAUGAUCUGGAUGAAGAAGAGGAGGAUGAGGAGGAAGAAGAUGACGACGAUGAUUUGGAGGAAGACGGGGAGGAAGAAGGCGACAUGCCAAACGAAAGCUCUGUGAAAGAGCCUGAGAUCCGGUGUGAUGAGAAGCCAGAGGAUUUAUUAGAAGAACCAAAAAGCAUUUCAGAAGAAACUCCUGAAGACUCUCCAGAAGGGACACCUGUUGUCCAAAUCCCCAAAACUAAAGAGGAGGCCAACGGUGAGGCGUUUGAAGCGUUUAUGUUUCCAUGUCAGCACUGUGAAAGGAAGUUCACCACCAAGCAGGGCCUUGAACGUCACAUGCACAUCCACAUGUCUACAGUCAACCAUGCUUUCAAGUGCAAGUACUGUGGGAAAGCCUUUGGCACACAGAUCAACAGGAGGCGACACGAGCGUCGCCAUGAAGCAGGGUUAAAGCGAAAACCCAGCCUGACACUACAGCCAUCAGAGGACCUGCCUGAUGGCAAAGUUUGUGGAGAAAAUGUCACUCCUAAAGAUGAAUUGAAUCCUUCCCAUCUUGGGCAAGACUGUCUGAUUCUAAACUCGGAAAAAGCUUCCCAAGAAACGGUAAAUUCUUCGGUUGUAGAAGAGAAUGGGGAAGUUAAAGAACUUCAUCCCUGCAAAUAUUGUAAAAAGGUUUUCGGAACUCAUACCAAUAUGAGACGGCAUCAGCGCAGAGUUCAUGAACGCCAUCUGAUUCCCAAAGGCGUGCGCCGAAAAGGGGGCCUCCUUGAGGAGCCACAGCCACCAGCCGAGCAGGCCCCACCUGCCCAGAAUGUCUAUGUACCAAGCACAGAGCCAGAGGAGGAAGGGGAAGCAGAUGAUGUGUACAUCAUGGACAUUUCUAGUAACAUCUCUGAAAACUUAAAUUACUACAUUGACGGUAAAAUUCAAACUAACAAUAGCACUAGCAACUGUGAUGUGAUUGAGAUGGAAUCUAGUUCGGCAGACUUGUAUGGCAUAAACUGUCUGCUCACUCCAGUUACAGUGGAAAUUACUCAAAGUAUAAAGACCACACAGGUCACUGUAACAGAUGAACUUCCUAAAGAGCCGUCCAGCAGCACAAACUCUGAGUCCAAGAAACGAAGGACUGCUAGUCCACCUGUGCUCCCCAAAAUUAAAGCUGAAACAGACUCUGACCCCGCGGCACCCUCCUGUUCCUUAAGUCUGCCUCUUAGUGUGUCAACAACCGAGGCGGUGUCUUUCCAUAAAGAGAAGAGUGUUUAUUUGUCGUCAAAGCUCAAACAGCUUCUUCAAACCCAAGACAAGCUAACUCCUCCUGCAGAAAUCCCUAAGUUAGGUCCCGUAUGUGUCUCCGCUCCUGCAUCCAUGUUACCCGUGACCUCUAGUAGGUUUAAGAGAAGGACCAGCUCUCCACCCAGUUCUCCACAGCAUAGCCCUGCCCUUCGGGACUUUGGGAAACCAAGUGAUGGAAAAGCAGCGUGGACAGAUGCGGUCCUGACUUCGAAGAAUAAAUCCAAAUUAGAAAGUCGUAGUGACUCACCAGUGUGGAGUUUGUCUGGGAGAGAUGAGAGAGAAACUGGGAGCCCUCCUUGCUUCGAUGAAUACAAAAUAUCGAAAGAGUGGGCAUCUGGUCCUACUUUCAGCAAUGUGUGCAACCAGCAGCCACUGGAUUUAUCCAGCGGUGUCAAACAGAAGGCUGAGGGUACAGGCAAGGCCUCUGUCCAGUGGGAAUCUGUACUGGACCUCAGUGUGCACAGAAAGCCUGGUAGCGACUCUGAAGGCAAGGAGUUGAAAGAGAACCAUUCAGUGCAGCCUUCCUGUGGUGCUGUGAAGAAGAAGAAGCCGACCACCUGCAUGCUCCAGAAGGUUCUUCUCAAUGAGUAUAAUGGCACUGAUUUACCCACAGAAAAUACUCCUGAUGUGACCAGGAGCCCAAGCCCUUGUAAAUCUUUAGAUGCCCAGCCAGAUCCUGACCUUGUUCCUGACUCUGGUUUCUCUGCCCCUGCCAUCGAAUCAUCUGCUGAAGUUUGUCCUUCGUCACCUCCCCUACAAACAUCUUCCUCAUCUUCUGGUCAGCUGCCUCCUCUCUUGAUCCCCACAGAUCCCUCUUCCCCUCCACCCUGCCCUCCUGUGUUAACUGUUGCCACUCCGCCCCCUCCCCUCCUUCCAACUGUCCCUCUUCCCGCCCCUUCUUCCAGUGCAUCUCCUCACCCAUGUCCCUCUCCACUCUCGAAUGCCACUGCCCAGUCUCCUCUUCCAAUUCUGUCCCCAACAGUGUCCCCCUCACCCUCUCCCAUUCCUCCUGUGGAGCAGCUCAUGUCUGCUGCUUCACCUGGUCCUCCAACACUUUCUUCCUCCUCCUCUUCAUCAUCCUCCUCGUCCUCCUCCUCGUCCUCCUCCUCGUCCUCCUCUUCAUUCUCCUCUUCAUCUUCCUCCUCAUCCCCUUCACCACCCCCUCUCUCAGCAGUGUCAUCUGUUAUUUCCUCCGGAGAUAAUCUGGAGGCUUCUCUCCCCACAAUGACUUUCAAACAGGAGGAACUAGAGAACGAAGAUCUGAAAGCCAGGGAAGAGCCCCAGUCUGCAGUUGAACAGGAUGCUGUUCAGGAAACAUUCAGCAAAAACUUCAUUUGUAAUGUCUGUGAAUCACCAUUUCUUUCCAUUAAAGAUCUAACCAAACAUUUAUCUAUUCAUGCUGAAGAAUGGCCCUUCAAAUGUGAAUUUUGUGUGCAGCUUUUUAAGGAUAAAACAGAUUUGUCAGAGCAUCGCUUUUUGCUUCAUGGAGUUGGGAAUAUCUUUGUGUGUUCUGUUUGUAAAAAAGAGUUUGCUUUCUUGUGCAAUUUGCAGCAACACCAGCGAGAUCUUCACCCAGACGAGGUGUGCACACACCAUGAGUUUGAAAGUGGGACACUGAGGCCCCAGAACUUCACGGAUCCCAGCAAGGCCCACAUGGAGCAUAUGCAGGGCUUGCCAGAAGGCCCUUUGGAAACUUCCAAAGAGGAGGAGGAGGAGUUAAAUGAUUCCUCUGAAGAGCUUUAUACCACCAUAAAAAUAAUGGCUUCUGGAAUAAAGACAAAAGAUCCAGAUGUUCGAUUGGGUCUCAAUCAGCAUUACCCAAGCUUUAAACCACCUCCAUUCCAGUACCAUCACCACAACCCCAUGGGUAUUGGUGUGACGGCCACAAAUUUCACCACCCACAAUAUUCCACAGACUUUUACCACUGCCAUUCGCUGCACAAAAUGUGGAAAAGGUGUUGACAACAUGCCUGAGUUACACAAACAUAUCCUGGCAUGUGCUUCUGCAAGCGACAAGAAGAGGUAUACUCCAAAGAAAAAUCCAGUACCAUUGAAACAAACUGUGCAGCCCAAAAAUGGAGUGGUCGUCUUAGACAACUCUGGAAAAAAUGCCUUCCGGCGAAUGGGACAGCCCAAAAGACUGAGCUUCAGUGUUGAGCUCAGCAAAAUGUCACCGAAUAAGCUCAAAUUAAAUGCAUUGAAGAAGAAAAACCAACUUGUACAGAAAGCAAUCCUUCAAAAAAACAAAUCUGCAAAACAGAAGGCUGACUUGAGGAGCUCCUCGGAGUCGUCCUCCCACAUCUGCCCCUACUGCAGCCGAGAGUUCACUUACAUUGGGAGCCUGAACAAGCACACGGCAUUCAGUUGCCCCAAGAAACCCCUCUCUCCUUCCAAAAAAAAAGUUUCUCAUUCAUCCAAGAAAGGUGGACACUCAUCACCUGCAAGUAGUGACAGACACGCCAGCAGUAGUCACCGCAGACGGACAGCGGAUGCUGAGAUUAAGCUGCAGAGCACGCAGGCACCCCUGGGCAAGACCCGGGCCCGCAGCUCAGGCCCCACCCAGUCUCCACUGCCCUCCUCAUCCUUCCGGUCCAGGCAGAAUGUCAAAUUCACAGCUUCAGUCAAGUCCAAAAAACCAAGCUCCUCCUCUUUAAGGAACUCUAGCCCUAUAAGAAUGGCCAAAAUCACUCACGUGGAGGGGAAAAAACCCAAAGCUGUGGCCAAGAAUCAUUCUGCUCAGCUCUCAAGUAAAACCUCCCGGAGCCUGCACGUGAGAGUACAAAAAAGCAAAGCUGUUUUACAAAGCAAGUCUACUUUGGCAAGUAAGAAAAGAACAGACCGGUUCAAUGUAAAAUCUAGAGAACGGAGUGGGGGGCCGAUCACCCGAAGCCUUCAACUGGCAGCUGCCGCCGACCUGAGUGAAGGCAGAAGAGAGGACGGCAGUGCCAGGUCGGAGCUGAAGGACUUCAGCUACAGCCUCCGCCUGGCAUCCCGAUGCCCCCCACCGACAGCCCCGUACAUCACCAGGCAGUGUAGGAAGGUCAAGGCCCCUGCCGCAGCCCAGUUCCAGGGACCCUUCUUCAAAGAGUAGACUCUUCGCCUGCUCCCUGACAGCACCUGAAGUGACCUGGUUUUCGCGAAGCCGGCAGUCUGCCUGCAGGGAGCACCGACCCACGGCUGUGCCAGACUGUGAGAGGCGGGGAGAGCGUGCGUCCGAGGCUGUGUGUGCAGGCGACGCACGUGGUCUCCAAAGGUCCCGAACCCGGGGAGCAGGAAGGUGGCUGACCACCUGGGCCUCCCGACGAUCCUGGACGCAGCCUGGACCUUUCUUGGCAGCUCAGCCUUCCUGGCGGGUGGGGGCGCCUCUCCUACUAUGCAAUUUUUCAAGAGCCCCUUGACCCUCCUCUUGCUUCUCCAUAUCCUUUGCCAGUGUGGGGACUUGGUUCUGGCCCUGGGGGUCAGCUUCAGGCCUAUCUGAGGAGGGCCUUCAGGAGGAGGCCUAGCUCCCCUUCAGGACCACCCCCUUCCCCACGGACCCUCUCCCCACAACAUCUCUGGGAAUCCAUAGCAUACAGACCCCUUGGGGCCAAAUCUGGAGGCUGGGCCCCAGCACUCGGGGAGCCCCGUUUCCCGCCAAACUGUGGCUCUCAAAUCAUUUCCAGGUUGAGAUUCCAGGUGGUCCCUGGCUCUUGAGUCUUUGCAGGGAAGCCCUACAGCAGUGCAUCCAGGAGAAGGACUGUCCCCAUUCAUAGAUGCCGUGGCACAGAGGGGAGUGCCUGGAGCACGGGGUCUCUGUGCCCUUCAUUGCCUGGCUUGUUGGGGACCAUCUACACCUUCAGCGUCUGAGCUUCUCAAAUAAGCCGCCAAGGAAAGCAAACAAAGUUGGACACGGGGCAAAAAUGGAAGGACUAAAAAGCACAGGGGAAAGACAAAGAGAUUUCCGGAGGCCAUAAAUGCCUGCCAGGGGAUGAGGGGGCAGACCCCUGCUCUCUGGUGGACAGUCCAUGUCUCGGGGAAACGGGUGACUGAGCUCGGAGUUUGGACCCGGUUCAGUGGGGUUCUUGGGUUUUGUGCCUUUGGGACAAACCCCAGGUGAAGAGGCCUGAGACCGCUUUGGUGUCGUUUUCUCAGCUUGGUUCCAGUAGUGAUGGGUCCAACCCAGAGUGGGGGAGGGGACUCGGGGACAUUGUCACACAAUAAAGGGAUCUUUUUUUUCAGGGCUACUAGGGUUGAUCUUGCAACUCUGUAAAUAUGUAUGUAGACACUUUUAAAAGCACGUAUUUAUGUCCCU